AGAAAAUACAGACACAGAAAUGGCGGGAGAAGCAGAAGCACCGAGGAGAGCUUAUGGCGCUCCUCCCAGAGCCCCUCAUGCGCCUCCUCGUCCUCGAUUGGAGCCAGUCGAUCGCGAGAAGACUUGUCCUUUGCUGCUUCGUGUUUUUACGAAGAUUGGGAGUCAUCAUUUCAAUGAAGACUUCGCUGUGAGGGGCAAGGAGCCGAGGGAUGAGGUUCAAAUAUAUACCUGGAAGGAUGCUACUCUUCGCGAGCUAACUGAUCUGGUCAAAGAGGUAGCUCCAGAAGCCAGGAGAAGAAAUGCUAAACUAUCUUUCGCUUUGGUGUAUCCAGAUAGACAUGGCCGGUUUGUUGUGAGAGAGGUUGGGAAGACAUUCUCGUUCGGAAAUGGACGAUCAGAUGAUAACUUAGCUUUGGCAGAACUUGGUUUUCAGAUCGGAGAUUACUUGGACGUGGCAAUUAUAUAGGGAAUUUUGUCGACCCAAAAAGGUCUCGUGAUCCUUUUUCCUAGUAAAGAACCAAGCUUCAAUGUUGUAAUGUAUAAUUCCAUAAUGUGUUUGGAAAUUGUUUACAUGUUUGUGUUGUGUUGUGUUGUUCCCUUGGUCUUUUAGGUGGAAUCAUGAUAGUCAUCUGUGUUGAAUGUGAAAUCAAUUGAGGAGUAUGUUAUUCUGUUUUACAUUUCUUCAGAUUAAACACCUCGUCAUGAAUGUGAUAUCAAUUUGCCAUUUUGGGUAUAAGAAGCCCAUUUGAUAA